AUGCCUUUAGAAUCUAUAUGGGCCGAUGCCCCUGACAAAGAACCAGUAAAGAAGCAGAAGCCCAAUCACAGGCGGAAUACCGAUAACAAGAAUAUUAACAAUAAAGGAAGUGGUGAAGGCAAAUCAAACAAUAGGAGAAAAGACACCGAGAACAAAGUGAACAGUAACAGAAGAAAUGGUGAAAAUAAGACAAAAAAUAAAAUAAAAGAAACGCCUAUUAAGCAAAAGAACCGAACUCGCAGCCAGGGUAAAAUAUCGCCUGUGACUGAUCCACUAGCAAUAAAUCCAUUUUCUCAGAAGAUUACUGAAGUGUCUCCCCCACCAAUAUCACCUAGCAAGAAUAGGCCUGCUAAAACAAAAUCUAAAUCGGAUAGUCCUUCCAAGAUGAAACUGUUAAAAAAGAAAAUUGAAGAACAAAGAGAGAUAUUGCAGAAGACUCACCACAAUAAACAACAACAGCAGGUGCUGAUGGAUUUUCUGAACGAUGAGGGAAACUCCAACUGGGUUGACGACGACGAAGAAGAGCUGAUUCUUCAGCGUUUGAAAACCUCUUUGAAAAUAUGA